AUGGCCACAUUUCUUUCUCGUGUAGUUCCCGCUCUUCUUCUGCUUCUCCAACUCGACAAUGUCUGGUCGCUUCCUCUAGACUCAUCGCUUACUCACAGAGACGCGGCUUCAAGCCGUGGAUCUCACUGGGUGGAUAUCUGGACAACCAUGCCCCAACUGGUCGAGCCCUACAAUCUGCCUCCCCCUCCAUACAACUCUUCAACCUCCGUCUUCAACAAUUCCACCAUCCGCCAGACGAUCCAUGUCACGCUUGAUGCAGACAGCAUCCGUCUGCGGCUCUCAAAUGCCUUUGGGGUGAACGAUCUGGCAAUCAGCAGCGUCGCCAUUGGCCUUCCAGUCGACCAAAAGACGGGAACGAGUGCCCUGCAACCGAGAUCAAGCAGGAAAGUCCUCUUCAGCGGGAACGAAGAUAUCACCAUUCCGAACGGAGCGCUGGCUGUGUCAGAUCCAAUCUAUUUCCCUGUCAAGGCGCAGUCGACUCUCCUGAUUGAUAUCUACCUCGCUCAUGGGCAGCAGGGCAAUGCCAUCACCGGACAUCCGGGAAGCAGAACGACAUCCUGGCUGUCCUUUGGGAACUGGGUUGGGGCGAAAAACCUGACCGAUCCGUCGGUGAUGAGCGUGGAUCACUGGUACUUCCUCAGCGCCGUCGAAGCGUCCCUGCCGUCCUCCGCGCGCAGCUUCGCCAUCAUCGGCGACAGCAUCACCGACGGCAGGGGCAGCGACACCAACGGCAACAAUCGAUGGCCCGAUCUCCUCCUCGCCCGAAUGCAAAACCACAAGGCCACCUCCUCCAUCGCCCUCCUCAACCAAGCCGCCGGCGGCAACCGCAUCCUCGCCGACGGGCUGGGCCCCAACGUGCUCAGCCGCCUCGACCGCGACGUGCUUGCGCACUCGGGCGUGCGCUACGCCAUGAUCUUCGAGGGCGUCAAUGACAUCGGCGUGGCGGGCACGGAUCCCGCCGAGCAGAGGCUCGUCGGGGAUAGACUGCUCGUUGCGUUUGCGCAGAUCGCGGCGCGGGUCCAUGCGGCCGGCAUCCCGGUCUUCGGGGCGACGAUUACGCCGUUCGGGACGCCGGCGACGUCGAACUACACGCAGCCGUACUCGAGUGGCGAGCGCGAGAGGACGAGGCAGAGGGUGAAUGAGUUUAUUCGGACGAGUGGGGUUUUCGAUGCGGUGCUGGAUUUCGAUGCGGUGCUGAGGGAUCCGAAGGCGCAGGGGCAGUUGGCGGAGGAGUAUGAUUCGGGGGACCACUUGCAUCCGAAUGUGAAGGGGUAUCAGGCUCUGGCGGAUCGUUUUCCGUUGGAGGUUUUUGAUAGGUUUAGGGGUUAUUGA